CUAACUCUGUCCAGUGCGGCAUUAGCUCCUGAUGGCCCUGUUGCUGCUGUUGAUCAACAAGACGAGCACAGCAAACACGACAUUGAAACUGCAAAAGCUGUUGAGAAGCGGGCACGGCGGUUUGGUAUGUUACUUGGAAAGCAGGUCGCUACGCUUCUAGCAUCAGCCAAGAAAGGAAAAGCAGCCCAAAAUGACCAGCAGGAAGGAUCCUUUGGUUCCAGAGGCUUGCAUUCAGACUCAAGAAGUGCUGGUGAACAAUUCCAAAAACAAGAACAUGGCCAUAUCAAUAAUAUGGACCACAACAACUUUCACUUUUAUCCCGCAUACCAAGACGAGAAACUGGGUACCCUCAAACAUCAACCACUCACCGGUGAUGUCGAAUUUUCGUUGUCAGAAUUGUGCAGUGUCAUGCACUCAUUGGGCAGACUCCGUAUUCGAUCGAAAGUGCUGCUGUAUCUGGUUGCGCGAAGACUAACCGAACAAAAAACGUGGCAAUUAUUGAAAAAGCUCGACUCUGUCGCAAUCUUGAGACUCGUGUCUGGACUCGCGAAGCUCUACGCUCGCACUGGUACAACGAUAACGAAUAGCAAUGAUAAGGCAAGUACUUUCAUUGCUGGAAGAAGCGGAAGGUCCGCCCCAAAAUCAGCUGCUUUGCAAGAGUCUGAUCUUCAUCUCGGGUCAUCGGAGGAAGAUAGCGUAGUCCGGAAGCUGCUGUUAGCUGUGGUGAAGCCAUGGGUGCGUAAGUAUAGUACGGAAUUAUCAGAACCCCAGAUGGCCGCGCUCAGUAGGGCUUUGUUGCAACUACAUGCGUUUGAUGAUGUGCUUGUUGCUGGUAGUGACAGUGGGAGUCUCUCGAGGGCUAGUUCUUCUUCUUCGGGAAGCAGCGCUUUUUCUUCUACAAGAACCUCGAAACGGCAACACUCUAAAGCCGUUGGUUCAGUAGAAGAGGGGAAAAUGAAAACAACUACCGCCAGUAACAGAGAAGGGGCACCACAAGAGGAAGAGACAAUGUCAGGGUCUGCAAGUAGUGGCAUGUAAAUCUAUACUAAGUAAAGAUUGAUACGGACUACUUCAACGUCAAGAAUGAAUCAUUGAGUGAAACACAGGGACUAGUACUGUGAAAUAUAUGAAAGAGUAGUCCUCUUUCUUUUUAGAGUGUGAAGGUGCAACAUAAAGUACAAGGUAACAACAUCAACGUGUAGAAAGACGCUUUUAACUACCAGGACACGCUCUGAAAUGUUGAAGUUUGCAACCACUGCGCGAUUAUAUGAUACUUACUUGCUGCGAUUUUACGCUUCAGGAAG